GUAAAUUCUGUGGAGGGCGAUGCACACCUCAUGAAGGAUGAGCUGAAACAUGCGCACGACCUGACCAUCCGCGUCCGCCGGGCAGAGGUCUAUGCGCUCCAGAAGGCCAGGAUGGUGAAGCAGGCGCAGAUCCUAGCAUCUCUGUCUAACCUGUCGGCGACGAUGAGGAUGGGCAGCAGCAACCAGCUUUUGGGUGUGUAG